GUUGACGCAGCCGCCGUGCCGGCCGCCUCCGCCCCUGUCAGCCGGACUGGCGGACGUCGGCUACGGCUCAGCGGCCGGACUCCGCGCUCCUCCGCCUCCGCGCCACCGCCGGGCUCGCAAGGUUUGUGAAGAUGAAACACUGUACGUGUCAUCUGAAGAUAAUAAGAAAAGCAGCAUUGCAGACACAGGGAUGACUGUGGACCUUUUGAUGCUGCUCUGGAGAAAGUUUUGAAAUGGAUCAAAGAAAGAUGGAUCAAAGGAAUGAGAGUAUUGUUCCUAGUAUCACUCAGUUGGAAGACUUUCUUACAGAGCACAAUUCCAAUGUGGUCUGGCUUCUGGUUGCUACCAUUCUGUCCUGUGGAUGGAUUAUUUAUCUCACAUACUAUAAUUCUCGGAAUGUCGGUCUCAUUUUAACACUGGUUCUUAACAGACUAUACAAGCAUGGCUAUAUCCACAUUGGCUCCUUUUCUUUUUCCGUUCUUUCUGGAAAAGUCAUGGUUCGUGAAAUCUAUUACAUAACGGAGGACAUGUCUAUUAGAAUUCAAGAUGGAUUUAUAAUUUUUCGGUGGUGGAAAAUGUAUAAUCCAAAGCAGAAACAACAUGAUCCCAAAGCAGAAACAAGAUUAUAUGUCACAGUCAAUGACUUUGAAUUUCACGUCUAUAAUCGCUCUGAUGUCUAUGGACGUCUCCAGGAACUGUUUGGUUUGGAACCAACAAUAAUUCCACCCAAGAAAGAGGAUGGGAACGCACGGGAAAAUGGGAGAGCGAGAACCCAGUCCAAAAUCGAAAGAGUUAAAGUGAAAGCAGAAUCUCCAGACCCCACAUCUUCAUGGAGAUCACUUAUUCCAGUCAUCAAGGUCAAUGUGAGCACAGGGCGUCUGGCCUUUGGCAACCAUUACCAGCCUCAAACUCUGUGCAUCAAUUUUGAUGAUGCUUUCUUAACUUACACUACGAAACCACCUUCCAGUCAUCUUGACCAGUUCAUGCACAUUGUGAAAGGAAAGCUGGAAAAUGUUCGAGUCAUGCUGGUUCCUAGCCCGAGAUAUGUUGGACUUCAAAAUGAUGAGCCACCCAGGUUGAUGGGGGAGGGCUUUGUGGUGAUGCAGUCGAAUGAUGUGGACGUCUACUACUACAUGGACGAGCCAGGACUUGUUCCAGAAGAGAGAGAAGAAACUGCUGAAGGAGAAAUGAGCGGUGAGGCUUGCAAGCUACAAGACCUGCCUCCAUGCUGGGGCCUGGACAUAGUAUGUGGCAAAGGGACAGACUUCAACUAUGGGCCAUGGGCUGACAGACAAAGAGAUUGUUUGUGGAAGUUCUUCUUCCCACCUGAUUAUCAAGUUUUGAAAGUUUCUGAAAUCGCACAGCCUGGAAGACCACGGCAGAUCCUUGCCUUUGAACUGAGAAUGAAUAUUAUUGCAGACGCUACAAUCGACUUGCUCUUCACCAAAAAUAGGGAAACGAAUGCUGUACAUGUAAAUGUAGGAGCUGGCUCAUAUUUGGAAAUCAAUAUUCCAAUGACAGUUGAGAAAAAUGGUUACUCACCUGCAAUUAAAGGACAACUUCUACAUGUUGAUGCUACCACAAGCAUGCAGUAUCGGACCCUUUUAGAAGCAGAAAUGUUAGCAUUCCACAUCAAUGCCAGCUACCCUCGAAUCUGGAACAUGCCUCAGACAUGGCAGUGUGAGCUGGAGGUAUAUAAAGCCACCUACCACUUCAUCUUUGCGCAGAAGAAUUUCUUUACAGACUUAAUUCAAGACUGGUCUAGUGACAGUGCUCCAGAUAUGUUCUCAUUUGUCCCAUACACCUGGAACUUUAAAGUCAUGUUCCAUCAGUUUGAAAUGAUCUGGGCUGCCAAUCAACACAACUGGAUCGACUGUUCCACGAAACAACAGGAAAAUGUGUACCUGGCAGCCUGUGGGGAGACGCUGAACAUUGAUUUCUCCUUGCCUUUUACGGAUUUUGUUCCAGCUACCUGUAAUACCAAGUUUGCUUUAAGAGGAGAAGAUGUUGAUCUCCAUUUGUUUCUGCCAGAUUGCCACCCUAGUAAAUACUCAUUGUUUAUGCUGGUAAAGAAUUGCCACCCAAGUAAAGUGACUCAGGACACAGGCAGUGCUCCUGAGUGUCAGAGUGGCCAGAAGAUAGUGAAACCAAAGUGGCGGAAUGUUACUCAGGAAAAGGCUGGCUGGGUUGAGUGCUGGACUGUCCCCAGCGUCAUACUCAUCAUUGAUUAUACGUGGCAUCCAAUUUAUCCACAGAAAGCAGAUGAACAGCUGAAACAGUCAUUGUCAGAAAUGGAGGAGACCAUGCUCUCUGUACUGAGGCCAUCCCAGAAAAUGUCAGACAGAGGUGUCUCCUCACCCUCUGCUUCUCGCCCACCUGUGGAUCCCUCAGAACUUCCCCCUGAUAAACUUCAUGUAGAACUGGAACUUUCUCCUGACUCCCAGAUAAUUCUCUAUGGACCUCUGUUAAAUGCCUUCUUGUGUAUAAAGGAAAAUUACUUUGGGGAAGAUGACAUGUAUAUGGAUUUUGAAGAGAUUGUUUCAAGUCCUGUUUUGUCACUUUCAACAUCAUCCAGUUCUGGGUGGACUGCUGUUGGGAUGGACAAUGAAAGUUCAGCCAAGUCUGUCCACCCCCUUGCCUUGCGUCCGUGGGACAUCACUGUGCUUGUGAAUUUGUACAGAGUCCAUGGACGUCUUCCUGUUCAUGGAACUGCCGAUGGUCCCGAGUGCCCCUCAGCUUUUCUGGAAAGACUGUGUUUUGAAAUGAAGAAAGGAUUUAGGGAGACCAUGCUGCAGCUCGUCCUGUCACCCCUGAGUGUGUUUGUCAGUGACAACUAUCAGCAGCGCCCUGCCAUGGAUGAAGUGCUCAGGGAAGGUCACAUCAGCCUGUCGGGUCUGCAGCUGCGAGCACACGCCAUGUUCUCUGCGGAAGGCCUUCCUCUGGGAAGUGACUCCUUGGAGUACGCGUGGCUUAUUGACGUGCAGGCCGGAAGCCUGACAGCCAAGGUCACAGCACCACAGCUGGCCUCUCUCUUGGAGUGGGGACAGACCUUUGCUUUCCAUGUGGUAUGUCGGGAGUAUGAGCUGGAAAGACCAAAAUCAGUAGUGAUGUGUCAGCAUGGAAUUGAUCGUCGGUUCUGUGAGUCCAAGCUGGGCUGUAUCCCUGGACCAUGCCCAACUUCAGAUGACUUGAAGUACACGAUGACACGUCUGGCAGUGGACGGGGCUGACGUUUAUGUGGUGGAGCACGGCUGUGCCACCAGCAUCAAGAUGGGAGCGAUCCGGGUUGCAGACUGUAACCUGCACAACCAGUCGGUCGGGGAAGGAAUCAGUGCUGCAGUGCAGGAUGUCCACGUGCGACAGUUCAUCGAGCAGCUGGGCCAGCCCAGAGUCGGCCUUCAGCCUGCCGUCCUGCGGAGGGCCCACUGGCUGGAGGCGGGGUCAGCCAGCUUAGGACUGGUGACGGUGGAUGUUGCCUUAGCUGCUGAUCACCACGCUAAGCAUGAAGCACAGAGACACUUCCUGGAAACUCACGAUGCCCGGACUAGGAGGUUGUGGUUCUUGUGGCCAGAUGAUGCCCUGAAGAACAGGAGGUGUAGAAACAAGUGUGGCUGUCUAGGGGGCUGCAGAUUCUUCGGGGGUACGGCAACUGGGCUUGACUUCUUCCGCCUAGAGGAGCUGACACCCUCCAGCAGCUCUGCCUUCUCCAGCACCAGUGCCGACUCGGACAUGUACUACGGCCAGUCUCUGCUACAGCCUGGGGAGUGGAUCAUCACCAAGGAGCUCCCCGGAACUGUGGAUGGUGACGUGAGUGGCGUGAAGAGGAAGGAGUGGGGGGGCAAGACUGUGGGCCUUGAUGCGGAGAGAAAAGCCCCGCAUCUCAGUCUCCAGGUGCCCCUGCGGCCUCACAGCUCCUCCUCCUCCUCCGAGGAGACCAGCAGCUCCAGCGCCCAGCCACUGCUGGUGGGAGAGAAGGAGAGUCCCUCUUCUGUUGCUGAUGGCCACAUGGACCAAAGGGAAUUCUUGCAUGGCACAAAAAGAGAGGACGCUCCAGCCAGUAUUCCUCCAGAGAUUCCGGGAAACAGCCCCGUGUCUCCUAAUACGCAGGACAAGUCGGCCAGUCAGUCUCCUCUGAGGUCUCCCCUCAAACGACAGGCCUCAGUGUGCUCCACAAGACUGGGAAGUACCAAGAGCCUCACCGCUGCUUUCUAUGGGGACAAGCAGCCUGUGACAGUUGGCGUCCAGUUCAGUGGGGACGUCUCCCGAAGUGACGAGAACGUGCUAGACUCGCCCAAGCAGAGGAGGAGCUUUGGUUCCUUCCCGUAUACACCGUCCGCUGACUCCAACUCCUUUCACCAGUACCGCUCGAUGGAUUCUAGCAUGUCAGUGGCGGACAGUGAAGCCUACUUCUCUGCAGCUGAAGAGUUUGAGCCCAUGAGCAGUGAUGAAGGUCCUGGGACGUAUCCAGGGAGGAAAAGGAAGAAGAAGCAGGCCCAGCAGAUGGACUACAGCAGGGGCUCCAUAUACCACAGUGUGGAAGGGCCUCUCAUUGGCCACGGAGAGAGUGUGCAGGACCCCCGUGUGCCACCCUUCAGGGCGCAUCCCUCCCAGGCCUCCUUUGUUUCUGCUUUGGGUGGGGACGACGAGGUCUUGGAGCAUGUUCACGUCCUGGAAGGAGAGAAGACAGUGGAGGGUGAGCAGGUGGCCUCUCAGCAACCCAUGCUGAGCUGCUACCAGACGUACCUGACUCAGUUCCAGGUGGUGAACUGGGCGGUGAAGCCCCCGGCCCACAAGAGGACCUCCAAGUCCUCACUGCACCGGCCACUGGAUCUGGACACCCCCGCCAGUGAGGAGAGCCCCUCCUCCAUGGGGCAGCUCUCGGUGCCCACCUUCAAGGUUAUCAAGCAGGGACUCACAGCCAACUCCUUACUAGACAGAGGACUGCAUCUUUCAGGAUCCACAUCGAACACACCAUACACACCUCUGGAUAAGAAGGCCAUGGACAACACAGAUGAUGAAACCUUAACAGAGGAGUGGAGCCUGGGCCAGCCUGUGUCUCAGACCAGGACUACGGCCAUCGUGGAAGUCAGAGGAGCCGUGGACGUUGUUCUGACACCCCUGGUGGCUGAGGCUUUAGACAGAUACAUAGAAGCAAUGGUUCACUGUGCCAGUACCCAGCAUCCAGCCACAAUUGUGGAUGAUCUUCAUGCCAAAGUCCUCAGGGAAGCUGUGCAGAGUAGCAAGACUACAUUCUCAGAAAAUCUGUCUUCCAAGCAAGAUGUUAGAGGAGCCAAAACUGAGCACCCCCCCAUAGGAACAACUAACCAAGGACAAGCGCAGACCAGCCUCAUAGCGAAGCAAGAGAAUGUGACUAUCAAAGGUCUUCAGGCUAAUGUUAGCAUACCAAAGGUAAAUUUAUGUCUGCUACAAGCCUCAGUGGAAGAAUCUCCAAGUGCAGCCCCAGGCAGAGGAGUGACUCAUGUCUCCCUCGUAGCCCUGUGUUUUGACAGAAUUGCUACACAAGUUCGAAUGAACAGAGGUGUGGUGGAGGAGACUGCAAACAGUGCAGAGCCUGGGAGAACAUCCAACCUGGACAGGUAUGCCCAUGCCACCAAGAUGCAACCACAGUCCUCCGGCUCACUGAGGUCCAACGCCGGAGCUGAGAAGGGCAAGGAGAUAGCCGCCAAGCUGAACAUCCAUCGUGUUCAUGGGCAGCUCCGUGGCCUUGACACAGCAGACAUUGGCACCUGUGCCAUUACUGCUAUUCCCUUCGAGAAGUCCAAGGUUUUAUUUACUCUUGAGGAAUUGGAUGAGUUUACUUUUGUGGAUGAAACUGACCAGCAGGCUCUUCCAGAGGUGACUCGGAUAGGUCCUAGCCAAGAAAAAUGGGGUUGGAUAAUGUUUGAGUGUGGACUUGAAAACCUAACCAUAAAAGGAGGAAGACAGUCGGGUGCUGUGUUAUAUAAUACUUCUGGAGUCAUGGGGAAAACUAGUGUCACAGACAGGGGUGGUGUGCUGACAUCCAACAAUUCCUCCGACUCCCCGACGGGCAGCGGUUACAACACUGAUGUCUCGGACGACAACCUUCCUUGUGACCGAACGAGCCCUUCUUCAGACUUAAAUGGAAAUUCUGGUUCAGAUGAACAGGAUGAAGGAGUUGAAUCUGAUGACCUAAAAAAAGAUCUGCCUCUCAUGCCCCCACCCCCAGACUCCUGUAGCAUGAAGCUGGCCAUCAAGGAGAUUUGGUUUAGUUUUGCUGCCCCCACCAAUGUGAGGUCUCCUGCCCGUGCAUUUUCUAGGCAGCUAAACCUCCUGAGCACCGCGACUCCGGCUGUCGGCGCCUGGCUUGUCCCCAUUGACCAGCUCAAGUCAUCCCUCAACAAGCUAGAGACAGAAGGGACGCUGCGUCUCUGUGCAGUGAUGGGCUGCAUCAUGACGGAGGCUCUUGAGAAUAAAAGCAUGCAUUUUCCCCUGAGAAGCAAGUACAACAGACUCACAAAAGUUGCCCGUUUUCUUCAAGAAAACCCCUCCUGCUUAUUAUGCAACAUCCUGCACCACUACCUGCACCAGGCCAAUUUCUCCGUCAUCGACGACGCGACCAUGAGCGAUGGACUUCCUGCCCUUGUGACGCUGAAGAAAGGCUUGGUUGCCCUGGCCAGGCAGUGGAUGAAGUUCAUUGUGGUGACCCCAGCCUUCAAAGGAGUCAGCCUACACCGGCCAGCCCAGGCCCUGAAACCACACUCGGCAGUGGAGCAGGAACAGGAAGAUGGGCUGGGGCUGGAUGGUGGGGGCGGACUGCAGAGUGACACCAGUGCAGAUGGAGCAGAGUUUGAGUUUGACGCAGCCACUGUCAGCGAGCACACCAUGCUGCUGGAAGGGACGGCCACCCGCCCGCCCCCUGGCGGCUCUGGGCCUGUGACUGGCGCUGAGAUCAUGCGCAAGCUCUCCAAGACUCACACGCACAGCGACUCUGCUCUCAAGAUCAAGGGCAUUCACCCCUACCACUCCUUAAGUUACACCAGUGGGGACACGGCCACGGACUCCCCAGUGCACAUGGGGCGCUCGGGCAUGGCAGUGAAGGAGAGCCCGCGGAAGGAGAGCCUGCUCAGCUACCUGACGGGCAGCUUCCCCAGCCUGCACAAUCUGCUGGAGGGGACCCCACAGCGCAGCGGCACGGCAGGGAAGAGCAGCUCCCUCAGCAGGACAGGAAACGCAGUGGCUGCUGACAUGCUGUCUGAGCACCCCCUGCUGUCUGAGCCCUCGUCUGUGAGUUUCUACAACUGGAUGUCGAACGCUGUGGGGAAUCGAGGCAGCCUGGCACAGGAAUCUCCAGUGACGAAGUCAGGACACAACAGCCUUCCCGCAGGCAUUGCACCCAAUCUUCCCACAAUACCCUCAGCCUCAGAUUUUAACACCGUCUUGUCCAGUGACCAGAACACUCUGGACGGGACGCAUUCUCAGCACAGCACCAGUCAGGAUGACGUGGCCGGUGUGGAAGAAGCCAACCAGGGGUUUCCGGCUGUCCAGCUCGCAGAUGCCCAGGUGGUGUUCAGACCGCUGCUGAGUCACACCGGCAUUCAGUCACGGGACUCAAUGCCCUUCUGCUACCGGAUGUACUUUGGGGAACACCUGUCGUUUUCGGGGACCCUGGACUGCCUGAGAGCAGACAUUGUGGAUUCAGACACAGCCAAAGAGAGAAAAGGCAAAAGAGCAAGGAGGCAAGGCCACGUGAACCUUCCCCCCCUUGAGUUCAAACCCGCAUUAAUGCUGGAGACCUUCAGCCUCAGUGCAGUUGUGAUGGAGAAGUCAGUGCACACCCCGCAGAACUCAGCCAGUGCUCUGUCCUUCCAUGAUCUCAACAAGCGCUACUACAACACCUUCCACUGCAACUUCACGAUUUCCUGCCAGUCCAUUAGCCAGCAUGUGGAUAUGGCUCUGGUCCGUCUCAUCCACCAGUUCAGUACAAUGAUCGAUGACAUCAAAGCCACACAGACUGACAUUAAGCUCAGCCGAUACACAGCUGGGUCAGCCUCUCCAACACCCACCUUCAAAACCAGGAAGCACAGGGACUUCCGCUCCUCAGACUUCAGCCGCAGCUCCAGAGGAAGUCUUAAUGGAGGCAACAGAGUGAAUAACGCCAAGAGCAAGCGGGCCAACAAUGAGAACAACAGAAAGGAAUCUCGGAACAAAAACUCCUUAGGAAGAUCGGAAAGAAGGACCUCCAAGGUGUCCAGGAAGGGCUCUAAAGACGUGAUGGAUCACAUGGCCAUCCCCAUGGAUGACUCGGACUCCAUCACAGUGUCUGAGCAGAGCGAGCCUUCUGCCGAGUGCUGGCAGAACAUGUACAAGCUGCUCAACUUCUACUCACUCAUCUCGGACCCCACAGGAAUACUGGAGAAGUCCUCAGAAACAUUUGGGCCUGCAGGCGUUCGGAGCCCAACAGAGCCAACCUGCAAAGUUGUGUUUGAGAACGAGCAGGACAGUAACAGUCUGACCAAAACACAGAGGAAACGAAGCUUGGUCACCUCGGAGCCACAGCAUGUGACUCUGAUCGUGUUUGGAAUCGGCAUGGUGAACCGCACGCACCUGGAGGCGGACAUCGGGGGGCUCACGAUGGAGGCAGAGCUCAAGCGGAUCCAUGGCAGCUUCACGCUGAAGGAGAAGAUGAAAGAUGUUUUACAUCAAAAGAUGACUGAAACAUGUGCCACUGCUCAUAUUGGUGGCGUUAACAUUGUGCUGCUUGAAGGCAUCACUCCAAAUAUACAAUUGGAGGACUUUCCCACGUCUCCUACAAGCACAGCCAAACAAGAGUUUCUGACUGUGGUCAAGUGCAGCAUCGCCAAGUCCCAGGCCCUCUACAGUGCCCAGCGAGGACUGAAGACCAACAAUGCAGCCAUCUUCAAAGUGGGGGCCAUCAGCAUCAACAUCCCCCAGCACCCAGCCACCCUGCACAGCAUGAUGGUCCGGAGCUCUCACCAGCUGUCCAAGCAGAUCUCAGACCUCAUCCGGCAGCCUUCGGCAGCUCCACAGCCAGCCAAAGAAGAUAUUGCAACUCCCCUGCCUUCUGAGAAAACCCCAACAAGUGUUAAUCAGACUCCUGUUGAAGCGAACGAGUUCCCACAGCUGCCCGAGGGCUUGGAGAAGAAGCCUGUCGUUCUCAAAUUCAGCACCAUGCUGGAUGGCGUAGCCAUCGGGGCCGCGCUGCUGCCGUCACUGAAAGCAGAGUACAAGAUGGGCAGGAUGCGGAGCCACGGCAUGACCGGUGCACAGACCAGAUUUACUUUUGAGCUGCCAAACCACAGGUUACGUUUUACUUCAAAAGUCUCUGCCACAGACAUGUCCACUAUUCCUCCUUCUGCCAGCCUCAACCUUCCUCCCGUCACGAUGUCAGGGAAGUACAUAAUGGAGGAGCAUGACAGCCACUCUGACCAGGUGUGGAGUAUCGACGAGCUGCCUUCCAAGCAGGGGUACUACUUGCAGGGGAACUACCUGCGCUGCGUGGCUGAGGUCGGAUCCUUUGAACAUAACCUUACAACUGACCUGCUAAACCACUUGGUCUUUGUGCAGAAAGUGUUCAUGAAAGAAGUUAAUGAAGUCAUCCAAAAAGUCUCAGGUGGGGAGCAGCCCAUCCCUCUUUGGAAUGAACAUGAUGGAACAGCAGAUGGAGAGAAGCCUAAAAUUCUACUCUAUUCCUUGAACUUGCAGUUUAAGGGGAUUCAAGUGACAGCCACCACUCCAUCAAUGAGAGCUGUGAGGUUUGAGACUGGAUUGAUUGAACUGGAACUUUCUAAUCGACUUCAAACCAAAGCUUCCCCGGGAAGUAGCAGCUAUCUGAAACUAUUUGGUAAAUGCCAGGUGGAUUUGAAUCUCGCCUUAGGACAAAUUGUGAAGCAUCAGGUCUAUGAGGAAGCUGGUUCUGAUUUCCAUCAAGUUGCUUACUUUAAAACUAGAAUCGGGUUAAGAAAUGCCCUCCGAGAAGAGAUUAGCGGCUCUUCGAAUCGAGAAGCCGUGCUCAUCACGCUGAACAGGCCCAUUGUUUACGCCCAGCCUGUGGCCUUCGACAGAGCUGUGCUGUUCUGGCUGAACUACAAGGCUGCCUAUGACAACUGGAAUGAGCAGCGGAUGGCCUUGCACAAGGACAUUCACAUGGCUACCAAGGAAGUGGUAGACAUGCUGCCGGGCAUCCAGCAGACCUCCGCCCAGGCCUUCGGGACCCUCUUCCUCCAGCUCACAGUGAAUGAUCUGGGCAUCUGCCUGCCCAUCACUAACGCUGCACAGUCCAAUCACACUGGGGACCUGGAUACUGGUUCUGCGCUGGUGCUGACUAUUGAAAGCACGCUCAUCACUGCCUGCUCGUCAGAGUCUCUGGUCAGCAAAGGGCAUUUCAAAAAUUUCUGCAUCCGCUUCGCCGAUGGCUUUGAGACAUCCUGGGAUGACUGGAAGCCAGAGACGCGCGGGGAUCUGGUGAUGAAUGCCUGUGUGGUUCCUGACGGCACCUAUGAAGUGUGUUCCAGAACCACAGGCCAGGCCGCUGCUGAGAGCAGCAGUGCCGGGACCUGGACACUCAACGUGCUGUGGAAAAUGUGUGGGAUUGAUGUGCACAUGGACCCCAACAUUGGCAAGAGACUCAACGCUCUGGGCAACACGCUCACCACACUGACUGGAGAGGAGGACAUGGACGACAUUGCUGACCUCAACUUGGUGAACAUUGCCGACCUGUCGGACGAGGACGAGGUGGACACCAUGUCCCCCACCAUCCACACUAGCUCAGAUGGAAGCUCAGUCAGUGGAGACGGCCACAAGCUCACCUUUGGGCAGCGACUCGUAAACCACCUGCUAGGCCUGACGCCCCUCCACCAACGCCAUUCUCUUCCUGUAGAGUAUCUGUGUGGCCCCGAGGCGGGCCCCCCACUGCAGGCUAGCCAUUCCCACUCGAAGGCAUGCAGAGCCCACUCCUGGGGGAAUGAGGCUGUAGAAUAUCGAAGACAAGGAGCACCCUGUAGCCAGCCAGGAGACCUCAGAGGGAGGAAGGUCCUCAAGCGCAUAGUGGAUAUCCGGGAGCUGAAUGAACAGGCCAAAGUCAUUGACGACCUCAAAAAAUUAGGUGCAAGUGAAGGAACCAUAAACCAGGAAAUCCAGCGUUACCAGCAAUUAGAAUCUGUUGCUGUGAAUGACAUCCGAAGAGAUGUCCGUAAAAAAUUACGGCGGUCCAGCAUGCGGGCUGCUUCCUUGAAGGAUAAGUGGGGCUUGAGUUACAAACCAAGUUACAGCAGAUCAAAAAGCAUCUCCGCUUCGGGAAGGCCACCUCUUAAGCGAAUGGAAAGAGCAAGUUCUCGAGUAGGAGAAACGGAGGAGCUCCCAGAGACCCAUGUGGAAGCAGCCUCGCCGGGCCCCAGAGUCACGUUCACUAUCCAGGACACAUUGAAAAAAACAGUGUGGGGAAGUACAUCUCAGCCCAGCUGUCCCAGGGAAGGGUAUUUUAAGUUUCCAGAAGAGACAGAACUGGACCUCCUGUCGGUGACCACUGAAGGCCCGUCCCAUUACUCAACCCACAGUGAAGGCUCGUGCUCUGUGUUCAGUUCUCCCAGAACUCCAGGUGGCUUCUCAGCAGGCAUCCCUUUCCAGCCUGAUGAAGGCCGGAGGGAUGACAGUUUGUCGUCCACAAGUGAAGAUUCUGAGAAGGAAGAAAAGGAUGAAGACCAUGAAAGGGAGAGGUUCUACAUUUACAGGAAACCCUCGCAUACAUCUCGUAGAAAAGCAACCGGCUUUGCUGCUGUUCACCAGCUGUUCACAGAACGCUGGCCCACGACUCCCGUCAACCGCAGCCUCAGCGGCACAGCUACUGAGAGAAAUAUUGACUUUGAACUAGACAUACGGGUCGAGAUUGACAGUGGAAAGUGUGUGCUCCACCCAACCACCCUUCUGCAAGAACACGAUGACAUAAGCUUGAGAAGGAGCUAUGACAGAAGUUCCAGAAGCUUAGAUCAAGAUUCUCCCUCAAAAAAGAAGAAGUUCCAAAGUAAUUAUGCAUCCACCACCCACCUACUGACCGGCAAGAAAGUGCCGUCGUCCCUGCAGACCAAGUCCGGUGACUUGGAAACCACAGUCUUCUACAUCCCGGGAGUGGAUGUCAAGUUGCACUAUAAUUCCAAGACCCUGAAGACCGAAUCACCUAAUGCCUCCCGAGGGUCAUCCUUGCCGAGAACUCUCUCUAAAGAGUCCAAGCUGUAUGGUAUGAAAGACGGGGCGUCCUCGCCGCCUCCUCUACCUAGCGCUGUGCAGAGCAAGACUAACACCCUACUGCCUCCCCAAGCCCCACCCAUCCCCUCAGCCAAAGGAAAAGGAAGUGGAGGGGUGAAAACAGCCAAGCUGUAUGCCUGGGUGGCCCUACAGUCACUGCCGGAAGAGAUGGUCAUCAGCCCCUGCCUACUCGACUUUCUAGAGAAGGCUCUGGAAACAAUCCCAAUCACACCGAUCGAAAGGAAUUACACAACUGUCAGUUCACAAGAUGAAGACAUGGGCCACUUUGAGCUUCCAGAUCCUAUGGAAGAAUCAGCAACAUCUCUGGUGUCGUCUUCCACAUCGGCGUACUCUUCCUUUCCAGUAGACGUGGUGGUCUAUGUGCGGGUGCAGCCCUCGCAGAUCAAGUUCAGCUGUUUGCCAGUGUCUAGAGUGGAAUGCAUGCUCAAGUUGCCCUCCCUGGAUUUGGUGUUUUCCUCAAACCGUGGAGAGCUGGAGACUUUGGGGACAGGGUACCCUGCAGAGACUCUGUCCCCUGGAGGGUGUGCUGCACAGAGUGGAUCCAAGGCCUCUGCAGGCAAGGGCGGGACCCCAGGCUCCUCGGGCCUGGGCAGCCCCCUGGGUCGCAGUCGGCAUAGCAGCAGCCAGUCGGACCUGACAAGCCCCAGCAGCAGCUCCUCGGGCCUCAGCUUCACCGCCUGCAUGUCUGACUUCUCUCUCUACGUCUUCCACCCGUACGGGGCCGGAAAACAGAAAAGCACCGUUUCUGGUCUCACAUCUGGAUCGGGGGGGCUGGGGAAUGUGGAUGAAGAGCCUACUUCAGUCACUGGUCGAAAAGACUCACUCAGUAUAAACCUUGAGUUUGUGAAAGUGAGUCUGUCCCGGAUAAGGCGUUCAGGAGGUGCCUCGUUUUUCGAAAGUCCAUCUAUGAGCAAGUCUCCAAGCAAAAUGGACACCACACUGAUCAACAUCUCUGCUGUUUGUGAUAUUGGCUCUGCCUCCUUCAAGUAUGACAUGCGGCGACUCAGUGAGAUUCUGGCAUUUCCCAGAGCCUGGUACAGGAGGAGCAUCGCAAGACGCCUGUUUCUCGGAGACCAAACAAUCAAUCUGCCAACAUCUGGCCCAGGAACACCCGAUUCCAUUGAAGGGGUCAGCCAGCACCUUUCCCCCGAGUCGUCCAGAAAGGCUUACUGCAGGACCUGGGAGCAGCCCAGCCUGUCGGCCUCCUUCACACACACGCCUCAGUCACCGAACGUGUUCAGCGAGCACGUGACCAGCAGCACCAUGUCCCCAGGGACAGCGGCACAGAGCCUCAAGUCCCCAGCAUCUGUGAGAUCAAGGAGUGUAUCUGACUCCUCAGUGCCCCGGAGAGAUUCACUUUCAAAAACAUCAACUCCUUUUAACAAGUCAAACAAGGCAGCAAGCCAACAGGGGGCCCCAUGGGAGACACUUGUCGUGUUUGCAAUCAACUUGAAGCAAUUAAACGUCCAGAUGAAUAUGAGUAAUGUCAUGGGAAAUACAACCUGGACGACCAGCGGUCUGAAGAGCCAGGGCCGCCUGUCUGUGGGGAGUAAUCGGGACCGAGAGAUCAGCAUGUCCGUGGGCCUGGGGAGGUCGCAGCUGGACUCCAAGGGUGGGGUCGUUGGCGGGACCAUCGAUGUCAAUGCUCUGGAGAUGGUUGCUCAUAUUUCUGAGCAUCCUAAUCAGCAGCCCAGCCACAAAAUCCAGAUCACGAUGGGCUCCACAGAAGCUCGUGUUGACUACAUGGGCUCGAGCAUCCUCAUGGGCAUCUUCAGCAACGCCGACCUCAAGCUCCAGGAUGAAUGGAAAGUCAGCCUGUACAACACUCUGGGUUCCAGCAUAACUGAUAAAAGUGAGAUAUUUGUCCAUGGAGAUCUGAAGUGGGAUAUUUUCCAAGUGAUGAUUUCAAGAUCAACCACACCGGACCUGAUAAAAAUAGGCAUGAAACUCCAGGAAUUCUUCACACAGCAGUUUGAUACCAGUAAACGAGCUCUGUCUACCUGGGGACCAGUUCCUUACCUGCCGCCCAAGACAGUGGCCAGCAACCUGGAGAGAAGCUCACAGGAACAGUUGCUGGAUGCCGCUCACCACCGACACUGGCCUGGCGUGCUGAAGGUGGUGUCUGGAUGCCACAUCUCCUUGUUCCAGACUCCACUCCCUGAAGACGGGAUGCAGUUUGGAGGCUCAAUGAGCUUACAUGGAAACCACAUGACACUGGCUUGUUUCCAUGGCCCCAAUUUCCGUUCCAAAUCCUGGGCCCUUUUUCAUCUAGAAGAACCAAAUAUUGCCUUUUGGACUGAAGCUCAGAAAAUCUGGGAAGAUGGGCCGGUUUCUCUAGCAGGGAGGGGACAUCACAGCACCCAAGAUUCCCUUAGAUGUAGGCCACAUGGCAACGCAGGCACCUUCCCAGGCUCUAGUGACCACUCCACAUACGUUGUGCAAACGCUGGAUUUCCACCUGGGCCACAACACCAUGGUCACCAAGCCCUGUGGCGCUCUGGAAAGCCCGAUGGCAACCAUAACCAAGAUCACGCGCCGGCGCCACGAGAACCCGCCACACGGCGUGGCGAGUGUGAAGGAGUGGUUCAACUACGUCACGGCCACAAGGAACGAAGAGCUUAACCUACUUCGCAACGUGGAUGCCAACAACACUGAGAACAGCACGACUGUAAAGAAUUCCAGCCUGCUGAGUGGAUUCAGAGGAGGUUCCAGCUAUAACCAUGAGACAGAGACGAUUUUUGCAUUACCCAGGAUGCAGCUGGACUUCAAGUCCAUUCAUGUUCAAGAGCCACAGGAGCCUUCACUCCAAGCACCUACAGAUGCAGACCUGAAGCCUAAGGUGGAGUGCAGCGUGGUGACCGAGUUCACUGACCACAUUUGUGUGACCAUGGACGCUGAGCUCAUCAUGUUUCUCCAUGACCUGGUGUCUGCGUACCUGAAAGAGAAGGAAAAAGCCAUUUUUCCACCUCGGAUUUUAUCUACUAGACCAGGACAGAAAAGUCCAGUUAUUAUACACGAUGACAAUUCCUCUGAGAAGCAGAAAGAGGAUGGCAUCACUUACACGACUGUGGACUGGAGAGACUUCAUGUGUAACACAUGGCAUCUGGAGCCCACCCUCAGAUUAAUUUCUUGGACUGGAAGGAAGAUUGACCCAGUGGGUGUUGACUAUAUUCUUCAAAAGCUGGGCUUCCAUCAUGCCAGGACUACCAUCCCCAAGUGGCUCCAGAGGGGGGUUAUGGACCCACUGGACAAGGUUCUAUCAGUUCUUAUCAAGAAGCUCGGCACUGCACUACAGGACGAAAAGGAGAAGAAAGGAAAAGACAGGGAAGAACACUAACGCUCUUGUCUGUGGCAGGUGAUGACUAUGCCCCUUAAGUUUCAUUAUACUGGAGGGUUUUUUUGUUUUGUUUUGUUUUGUUAUUUUUGUACAGUAAAAUUAUUUUUUAAAUUUAACUUUGUGGCCAUUAAAAAACAUUUGUAAGAUAGCUUAUUUAUUCUCAUUCCACCAUUGUGUAUACAGUAACAAUGUUGCAUGACAGUUCUGUGAAAAUGAGACUGAAAUAUUGAAAUGGGCUUCAGGAGGACUAAGUAGCUAUAUGUGCAGCAUGAUGACUGCAUCUUUAAGCUUUCAGAAUAACUGUGAAUUUCCUGUUGUUGGCCAUAACUUUUAGAACAAAUCCUGUUGAUAAUGUGAUUUUUUUUUUGGUUCUUAGUUAUUUUUAAUGUAGACUAUACAAAUACUUGUCUGUAUAUAGCUUAAUUGUGGUAUGAUUAAAUAUCACGAAAAUACUGUAACUUACUGUAAUAAAGUCACAAUAAUUGGUUUUA